CCCACGCUACUAGGGCUGCUCGUUCUGAAUUAAAGGGCCAGUACACCGUUGUAGAAGGAAUAUGAGUUGUACAAAGGUGUAUAUAUUGCUACAUAUUGCACAGAAAAAUAUUAGUAGAGUAGUAUAUUUCAUAUGUAGUUAGUGUUUGAGUUAAUAUCAAAAAAAGGUUUAUAUUUGGCCUAUAUAUGACCAGUUUGAUGUUCAGAGAUGACGUGGAAAUGUUUUUGUUUGUGGAGAGUGAACGUGAGACUAACAGGAGGUUUAUUAGAAUUCAGUCGAUGUUAAUAUAUAGCAUAUAACAUAACUUGUUUAGUGUGUGUGUGUGUGUGUGUGUGUGUGUGUGUGUGUGUUUAAACACAGGUCUGUAAAUGUGGUGUAAGUGAGAUAACAAUGGAGUUCUUCACCUCCACCUCGUCCAGUUAUUUCGGGAGGCGAGUUAGCGAGCAGAUGUACAGCGUCUGAAGGAAACCGAGGUCUCACCGUUGAACAAAUCUGAUCUGAUACACACUCGUGUGUGUGUGUGUGUGUGUGUGUGUGCGAAAGGCGCAAUGAUUGUGAAAGGCUCAGCUUCUGUCCAACUGUAACAGAGGUCGGCUAUUUAGAGAGGAAGUGAGCGAGAGGCCGAGUUGUGGUGCAGGUGAUGAGACGAGGCCGUGGGGGAGACGGGUUACUCAGUCCAGCCCCGAACACACUGGUUUACCAAGAACCUGUCUCCGGAUAAGAUCAACCUGAGCACGCUGAAGGGAGAAGGUCAGCUCUCCAACCUGGAGCUGGACGAGGAGGUUCUGCAGAACAUGCUGGAUCUGCCUACGUGGCUCUCCAUCAGCCGCGUCUACUGCAACAAAGCCGCCAUCAGAAUCCAGUGGACGAAAUUAAAGACGAGCCCCAUAUGCCUGUUUCUCGACAAGGUGGAAGUAGAAAUGAUGACAUGUGAGGAGCCCCGCCCACCUAACGGCCCCUCCCCCAUUGCCAUCACUGCAGGUCAAAGUGAGUACGGCUUUGCGGAGAAGGUCGUGGAGGGCAUGUCGGUCAUCAUUAACUCCAUCGUUAUUAAAAUGAAGUCCAAAGCGUUUCACGCCUCCUUCGAGCUCUGGCAACUUCAGGGCUUCAGUCUGAACCCUAAGUGGCAGAAGAGUGACCUCCGAUACACACGGAUCACACACCCUAAGAGAGGAGAGGUGCUGACCUUUAAAGAAAUUCACUGGCAGAGUUUGCGCAUCGAAGCGGACGCUAUGGAGAGCGAGGAACAGGAUUUGGGGAACACACCGCUACGCCUCAUCACGAACCAGGGGCGCAUCAGGAUCGCCCUUAAACGCAGGGUGAAGGACUGUAAUGUCCUGGCGUCGAAGCUGCUCUUCAUCCUGGAUGACCUGCUGUGGGUUCUGACCGACUCUCAGCUUAAAGCUGUCAUCCAUUACGCUAAAUCUCUGAGUGAGGCUAUGGAGAAAUCCGCAAAGCAGAGGAAGAAUAUGGAGACGGUCCCUACCUCUCCUGGACCCCGCCCACCAUGGCCAGAGCCACACCCGGUUCCCGUGGCAACGCCCAACACAUUAGCACAGUAUUUCGACCUUUAUGAUGUGAAGGAGUCAUCGUAUCACACGUUUAUUUCUCGGCUUGACCUGCACAUCUGCAAUGACAGUUCAGCAUCAGAAACAGAUGAACCCCCUAUUCCAGGCUCCCAGGGUGCAAUGCAGCUGACCUUUCGUAAACUGGGCUUCGAUUACUACCCCUUCCACAGACCAGGCGAUGGUUGUCGACAUUGGGAGCGUUACUGCAGUGCUUUGGACUCUCGCACUCAGUGGGCGUCCAAACUGCUACAGGAUUUUCAGAAGAAACUCGAAAGCUCGGGAUUUCCCCAACCUCCAUCUGAACCUCGUGAGCCCAACACACAGUCGCCAGCCAAAAAAACACACAGAGAUGGAGAGUCCGUCACAAACGCUGAUGAAAGCUUGGCUUUAAAGAAACUCCGCUCCAGCUGUAUGGUGAUCCGUGUGGACGAUCUGGACAUCCACCAGGUGUCCACCAGGGGGCGUCACGGCAAGAAAACCCAGUCGCUUUUAUCGUGUAACCGCAAAGUGCUGAACAUGGCGGAGAACACGCCUGCCAUCCACCUGCAGUUUACCGAGUAUUACUUCCCUCACCACGCCGCAGGACCCGUGCCCUGCUCUAAUCUGUACGGUCAGCUGAACGGUCUGCAGCUGUGUGUGGACGCUGCGAGUGUGUUGUGGAUGUAUGUGUUUUGUCGUGGUUUGCUGACGACUCUGGAGCAGGUGAAGGCUUUUUAUCACCUGCAGGACAGCAGCAAGAGCGACGAACACGUGGAUGUGAGAGUGGACGCUACGCAGCUGAAGCUGAUCAUUCCUCUCGACUCGUCCAUCUUGGAUCACGCUGAUCGUCCACACGCUCUGGGUUUCACUCUCUCGCAGGCAUUUCUCAGCAACACCCAUCACUCUCCUCACUCGUCCUUCUCCGACCUCGAGUCCACGUUCUCGGAUUUUUCCGCUCAGCCGUUUUUCCGAGCCUCACCGGUCUCUCCUUUUCCUCGUGACCGGAACACCUUGCACCCUCUUCCUCUGGCGUUCCUAAAAUCCGAUCCCUCGCUCUCACUUUCGCGUUCGUCUUCGUUGGACGUGUGGAGCCUCAGCCUGUCCCGAGUAGCAGGUUGUUUUGAGGGCGCGCGGCGAGGAGGCAACGCGCCACCGUUCAUGGAGCCGUUCGCUGCGUGCGUAUGGAUGUGCCGAGCGCGAGCUUUAACGAAGUCGUUAAGCCAGGAGGGAUCGUUAACGAAUGCAGAGAACGGUGCCGCAAAACCGUCCAAUCACGUCGCUCCGUCAGCAUCCAUCCACUUCCUGGUUCAGUCCAUCAGUCCGAUCCGAAUGUGGCUCAGUCAUUACCAGUACGUUGCUCUGCUCCGUAUGAAGGAUUAUCUCGCCAGGUUAGCCUCCGACCUCAAUCGCUUUCCGAGCGCAAAGUCUAAGACGGCGGCGGCGGCUCCUCCUACAGCGUGCGUAUCGCUCCUCUUGGAGGCGCUGGAGCUCGGCGUGCUUCUUCCACCCGUCGUCGGGAAAACGGAAGAUGAGGCGCCAGAGGAAACCGAUACGCAAAGCCUGACUGACUCCGAUCUCUCUCCAUCACGCCCAGACAGCGGGAUCGUCGGAAGCACGGAAAAAGCGAGGGAGCAGCAGGAGGGUGAGUGUGAUGGAGCAGGGGAGGGGCCUGUGGAUGUCGAGGAGGCGUGUGAGGCUAUCGAAGAGGGAUUGGAUGAAGCGAAUGGUCAGGGAGGUGAAUCUCGGGUCGUGACCUCAGUCGUUUCACCGUCUCCGGCUACCGUGCAGAAUCUGAACACUUCCAUGGUCAGCCUGGAGGGGGAGCUGUCCAGCGCGCUCAGCGUGACAAAAGACGUGACUAAAGACGCCUUCAGCGCUUCCCUGGACCUCACCAAGGGGGCGCUGUCCAUCACUAAAGACGCUCUCAGCAUCCUGAGCCGCAGUUCUGCCAUGAGCAAAAUAUUCAGCGCUCAGAGCAAAGAACCAGACGACUCCGCUCUGCGUCUGCCACCCCUCAGACACUCACUUUCCCAGAAUUCCUGUGACAGCGUUGUCAUGGACACCAGCGUGGCUGACGAUGGCCUCUCAUUGGACAGCGACACCAGCGAAAACUUCGUCAUCCUCACAGACUCAGAGUUCACUCGUCCUAACGGCACUCCCAUCCAUUCAGUGAGGACAGACGGAGGAUCCUUGGCUGAUCUGAGCAGCUGUCUGUCUCACAGCACUGAGGACAUGUCUCAGGAUAUGGUGUGUGUGCUGUUGCUGUCUCUGCGUGCUGUUCGCUCUCUGAUGGAGCUCCACGCGCAGGACGCAGUGGUGGCAAUGGAGGUUCAAUCUGUUACGCCAAAGCAGCUGGGAAACCAGCGAGUGGUGGACCUACAAACACUCACACACGGUGCUUCCUCUCCACCGAUAUCCCCUGUGUCCCGCCCCCCGGAGGUGUGUGUGAGGGUGGAGGCGGGGCCAGGGGCGGGGCGUCACUGCUGCGCGGCGGAGAGUGCAGGUUUCGUUGAGGUGUGUGUGCGUGGGUGUGAGGCCGAGCUACUCACCUCAACAAUAAACACACUCGGUCCUUUUAUGGAGGACGAGCUGAACUCGGACUCCCAGCCAAUCAGAAUCACUGUACACAACACCCGCAUCACGCUCAAGGAUGACGGCCCCCGUGUAUAUCCCACCGCCCCCCAGUCUGUUCCUGUCUCCUUUGUUCUAGAUGGUGUAGUUCUGGAGCGGCUGGACGAUACCAUGCUUACAGUCAGACCCACUGACAGCCAAUCAGGAGACAAAGCCUGCUGUGGACCUGAAGGAGAUGACAAGGUACAAGCCCUUCAGUCCGAGCUUGCUGACGUUCACUCCGCCCUCUCCACAGCCGUCUCCGACAGAGAACGUCUCUUACAAGAAAUCCGCAAAUACGACCCGUCCUUCACUCUAUGACCUCACACCACUAUUGGGCAAAGGUCAGAGGUCAUGGUUCAAAUGCAAGAACAAAAUCCGUGUGUGUGGAAGGAGUGAGUGUUAACUUCUGCGUCCUCUUCCUGCUCUACUGACAACCAGGUGCCAUGAAGAGCUUUACUUCCUGUUACCUAGUGACCAUUACAGUGUUAUUUUAUAUUGAUUUUCACAUCUUCUUUUACUUUGUUGUAAAUAGACUGGUACAGUUAGUAUAGGCUGCUAAUGAGAUGCAUUACUGCAGAGUGUGUGUGUGGGUGUGUGUUCAUGAGAAGAGUGUGAGAGGAGAGAACACAGCAGUGGACCUCAGUCUUAUUUCAUCUGCACGGUGCGUGCGUGUGUGUGUGGGGUGGGAGGGGGGUGUGUUACAUCAGGUACAUGUGUGAUUUGAGUUAUAGGGAAUUGUAUAAUACACACACACACACACACACUGUCAAACCAACAUACACUUAUUGCUUGUGCCAGAAAAACGCCACAAAAUAUCCACGCCACCUUUCAUCACGGUUCAUAAAAUCUAAGCAACAUUCAGAAUUUAUUUUUUUUUUACACAUACAUCCCACACUGGACUUCUUUCCUAAUAUCCUCAAAUGCAGUGUGUAGUGUGGUGGGUUUUGUAAAAAGUGCUAAUUAGAACACAACCAUAAACGCUAAAUACUUUUAGCAAGACCACGGUAGUGCUAUUGCGUGUGAUGAAUAUCACAGUGUAUCAUUAAUCGAUUAUCAGCGCUUGCAUGCUUUAUUUGUAGUAUAGUAUUUAUUUUUAAAUGAUGUUUUGGUACUGGACGUACGUACAUGUGUGUGUGAGAAGGAUUAGUUCUCUUUUAUUUAAUUUUAUUAUUAUAAUUUUUUUACUUGAUUUGCACAAACCUGAAAAUGUGACGCACCUCGAGGUGUUGACGUGAUCUGCAUGCUCGACUCCGUCUCUCCCGAAGCUGUUUAGAAUCAAGUGUAAAGGUAUUAGGUGUUAAAAUGUUUUGGGACGGACCGGAUGUCCGUAAUACGUACGUGUUCAGUGGUCCGUUAUGUAAUUAUAGUGCCGGGGAAGUCGGGUGGAAGGUUGGAGCGGAUGGUGUAGUGUAAAUAAGUUUACUUUAUUGUUUAUGUCUGCAAGGCGUAUAGGCAGAUAACCAGCGGCGCCGCCUUGUGUUCCCGAGGUUCCGCGUUUCAGCCCUCAACGCCAUGUUAGCGCCGACAUCCGUAGAUUAAUAAGUGUAUAGGUGAGGAAUAAGACACGACGGAGUGGUGGUGGUGAGACGCUUUUAUCACGCUGAAGUGGGUAAUUUUCCUAGAACGGUACAUCCCGAAGCGUUUUAUUCCUCGGUCGAUUAAUCAAUCAAUCAACAUCACGCUUAAUGUACCGUCAAUCAAAUUAGUUCCUGUUAUCCCUUACGUUAUAGUCGCUAUAAACAAGUUAAUACAUCAGGAAACAGACACAGCUCGUCACGUUACCGAGAACCAGAACGUUUCCUGAGCGCGUACAAAGCGCUGAUAUCGGAGACUCCUUCCUUAUACAGGUGCGUCUCAAAAAUAUUCGAAUAUCGUGGAAAAAUUGGUUCUUCUCCCGCUCCCGUAAGUUAAUGGAUAAAGUGGAACUUUCAUGUACUCCGCAAAGGUGUUUCGAGUCAAUUAGCCGAUUAGAGCUCUUCUCAGGUCGACAUUUCUGUAUUAUAAAUUCUUUAUGCGAAUAUUUUGAGUUGCUGGAUGUUUGAUUUCCGUGAGCUGUAAGCCGUAAUCAUCGAGAUUAAAACAAAAAAAGGUUUGAAAUAUUCCAAUUUACGUGUAAUAAAUGUAGAAUAUACGAAAGUUCCACUUUUUUUAAUGAGUUUACGGGACAAAUACGAACCUUUCUACGACAUUCGAAUUUUUUCGAGAUGCACCCGUAUGUUAAACGAACAUAUCCUUGACGAAAAACGUCACCUUAUCGACGUCUAUUCAUUUAGCCAUGUUAAAUAACAACACUUUCUCUUUUUUUAAUCCGUUUUUUUUUUUUUAUUUAAUCCGUCUUAGAUCACGUGAGACGCUGCGUGUAAGCUGUUACUAUAGAAUCGAUAAUGUAUAUUAUGCUACGUUCACACGUGUACCGUACAGGAAUUUUAACGUAGCGAGUCGCCAGUCGCUGUACAAUGAAGUCUACUGGUUUCCGUAGGAACAUCGAUCAGUUUUGACAAGAAACCCGUUUUCGCAGUCAGCAUGAGAGAUCACGGAUCACGUGCACACGUGCGUCUUCGCUCCCAUCGGUAGUCGCUGCACCGAGUCGCUCCAAAUUGGCAUAAAGCUAAACUUUUCUCCACUUUGUCGCGUCACUGGACACGCCCACAUCUAGUCGCCUACGGUCACCGGAAGUCUCUAGUAGAAAACGAAAGGUCUCUGGUCACUUUGUCGCCGUACACGUGAGCCUGGCUUACAGUGGGAACUACUGUCAGAGCUGCUGUAAUAGAAAAUGAAUACAUACAGUGUUUGUUCAUUUCAUUAUAAAGACGGAUGUUCGGUCUAUCCGAAGGUGAUUACAGGUGACCUCGGGUGACCCUGUGACCUUAACCAGGACGUGGGAAACCAUUUCACAAGUUUCCUUGAAUCAUUUAGGGAACAUUUCAAGCAGGGAUGGGAAUCCCAGCUCUUUACGAUUACAGUUAGCGAUGCAGCAUGAGAGAAUCGCGUGUGAUUUUAAGCUAACAUUUAUAUGAUGUAUAAUGUCAGGAAGUGCUGACGGUUUACAACGCGAGGAUGUAGUCACGUCCCCGGAAAUCGGCGAGUCAUCGGUGUAACGAUGUGCAGUGAGACCGUGUCCUUACUGCCGCUCGAACCCGUGUACACGAUGUACUGAUUCACCACCCAGGGAGCUUAUUGAGACGCACUCAUGGUUACAGAGUCAGGGCUUUGUUUUUAUGCUAAUGAAACAUUAUUACACAGCCCUGUGUUUAUUGCUCUAUUUUGCCCCCUAGUGGAAUAAAAGAGACAAGCUCGGACGUUUCACAGCUCUGCUCUAAAACAUGCUGGGAAUAGGGUUGGUGAGAAAUGUUCCACAUACGUCACACUGCCAGUUAAACGUUUUUGAGCACCCUGUAUUAACAUUUUUAGUUAAACGUAGCAUACAAUCAGAAAACCUAAGUAAGAAAUGUGACCUUUUAUUUUCUUAUUCGGAAACGAAAUCUAGAUUUAUCCGGAAAAGGCUGAUCCGGAGACGCUCAUAGCACACGACACGUUCGCGUCACGGUCGAUUAGGGCCGCAGCCACGGGACCGGAGAGCGGACACGAUUCCGACAGUCCUAUGGUUCGAUACUGUCUAAUAUCAGCCGUAAGACUUCAUUUCAGUUCAAUUUGAUUUGUAUAGCAGCUUUACAGAAACAUAUCAACACAGGAUAGAGAUUUAAAGUGUGUGAAUUUAUCCUUAUUGAGCGAGACGGUGGUGAGGAAAAAUUCCCUAAGAUGUUAAGAGGAAGAAACCUUGAGAGGAACCAGACUCGGAAGGGAACCCGUCCUCAUCUGGGUAACGACGGAGAGCGUGAAAGUAAAAGAAAGUUCAUUACGGUUCGUACAUGAAGUCUGUGUGUUGAACUAGUCCACUGUUCAACGGAGACAAAUCUCAGCUUGUCUGAGCGUGGACAAUGACAGUCCUUAAAGACAGAUUUAAAUACAAAAGGAAACUACAUCUCUCUUAUUUAAUAGCCAAUAGUGGGUUUUAAAAAAUAAACCUUCACAUGUUUUAAAAAAAAACAACCCAUUUGACUGGCAGCGUACAUCGUACUCGGUCUUAGACACAUGGUGACAUUAACAUUAGAAUGAUUUCAUUUCUCGCGGCACACCAUCACAUCUACAGUGUGAAAAGUGUAGCAUUUUUGUAAGCAUUUAAGAAUGUAAAUGGUCUUCCACAUGAGAGAGAUUGUGUGUGUGUGUGUGUGUGUGUGUGUGUGGGGUUGCUCCUGUAUAUACUGGACACCUUGAAAGAGAAACACACAGCAAAAACAAGAUCUAACAAGAUAAGCUCUUUUUGUGUUUCUUUAUCGUAAACAUUUUUAUGCAUGAUCAUACUUGAUAUUUUACACAAGUGCACUACUGUGUAUGUAUCAGUGUGUAUAUCAGUGUCAUGGGUUUGAUUUAGGAUGCACUGUGUUAGAUUGGGACACAGCCCAGUCUCCUGUCGUUUGUAUGAAUUUGCAAUGUAGUAUUAUUAUUAUUAUUAUUUUUUUAAUUAUUAUUAUUA